AUGUAUCCAAAUGCCACAACAGCAAAAUCAAUGUUGGAUCUCACUAUGGGAGUGGAAUAUACUGUUGCUGGUACUCUUUACAAGGAAAUGAAACUAAAGCCAAAUAUUUUGAGAGAAUUCACUACCGAAAAAAACUUUGAAGCUGAGAAGGUUGAAUUAUUAGACAACUUUGUAUCAGAUAGUGAUUAUUUAAUUUUGGAAGAUUUGAAUGGUUCGAGAUGUAAUGUCGUUUUUGAAAGUAAGAACUCUGAGAAGAAUAGAUUAAUGACAAGUCAAUUAGUCACAGGUAUUAUUGCUGGCUUGUAUGGACAAAUUGAUAGUUCUGGAACAUUUAUCGCCAAAGAUAUCGUUUUUAAUGAUCCACCACCUCAAAGAUCUAUCACAGUUCCUCAAAAGGAUGCCUAUUUGGCUGUAAUUUCUGGCGUUUGUGUUGGUCAUCCAAAAUAUGAUGUUGUUGCCACACAAAUGGCAUUUGAUUUUAUUAAUGGAUUAGCUGGAAGUGGAGCUUUUGUUAAUGAUGUUGCAGCUAAGAUUUCACGUGUAAUUAUUGCAGGAAAUGGUGUUAUUGCAGCUGAAGAUGAAGGAAAGAGAUUUGAUGUCAGAGGUUCAUUGAGACCAAAAGAAUUGAGCUCGAUUGCUGGUCACAUGAAAUCAUUCGAUGGACUCGUAGAACAAUUGGUGAAUACUGUUGACGUUGAUGUAAUGCCUGGUCCUAAUGAUCCAUCGAACGUAACUAUUCCACAACAGCCUAUCCACCCAUUUAUGCUUCAAAGAAGUUCCCCUUUCUCUACAUGUCGUCUUGUUACUAAUCCACAUUUGAUUCAAGAGAAUGGAUUGGAUGUUUUUGUUACUUCUGGUCAAACUGUUGCAGAAAUUGAAAAGUACUCAACCUACUCCUCUAGAUUGGAAGUAAUGAAGAACUUAUUACAAUGGGGACAUUAUGCACCAAGUGCCCCUGAUACCAUGAGAUGUUAUCCAUUCAAAGAUACUGAUCCAUUUAUAAUGAAACAUACACCCCACAUUAUGAUUUGUGGUAAUUGCCCUAAAUUUGAAACAACCCUCGUGACAGUGAAAGAAACUAAAUCUCGUUUGGUUUGUGUUCCUGAAUUUGUUUCUUGUCCAACAAUUGUUCUCAUUAAUUUGAAAACACUUGAUUGUGUACCAAUUAACUUUUCCACUGAAAAUGUUGUUUAA